AUGGAUGGAUGGAUGGAUGUUCGUUAUGAUAAUGGUCCAGUAAGAACGAUCUACAGUGGAAAAACGUUACCAACUGAUAAAUAUCCAGGAGCCUUCAAAGUUGGUACCUAUGCAGGAUAUAAUGGAGGAUAUCGAUCAGAAGUUUGGACGCAUGUGAUCGAAGUCAUUGCCAGUGGAGCUCCUCCAAAUCCUAUCAAUGGUCACAGCUUUUAA